AUGAAGUCGUCGUUCUCUGCCCUCGCCGGCCUCAUGGGCCUGGCAGCCGCCCAGUCGUGGCCCAAUGGGCCCUUCACGGCCUCUGGUCGUGACAUCCUCGACGCCUCAGGGAACGUCGUCACCCUCGCGGGCGCCAACUGGCCCGGCGCGGCUGAUGUCAUGAUCCCCGAGGGCCUGCAAUACCAGAGCGUGGCCUACAUUGUCUCGAAGCUCAAGGAGAUCAACAUGAACGCCGUGCGGUUGACAUACGCCAUCGAGAUGAUCGACCAGAUCUACGAGAACGGCGGCGUGGACAUCCCACUGUCGCAGGCGUUCACACAGGCGCUGGGCGAGGCGAACGGCACGACUGUUUUCAACCAGGUCUUGGCUGCGAACCCAGACUUCAGCGCCAACAUCACGCGAUUGGAGGUCUUCGAUGCCGUAGCAGCCGAGCUCGCCGCCAACGAGAUCUACAUCGACUUGGACAACCACAUGUCCCAGGGCGCGUGGUGCUGCAACACUGAGGACGGUAACUCGUGGUGGGGAGACACGUACUUUUCCGUGGCCAACUGGACCCGAGGACUGGCGUACAUGGCUGACCAUGCCGGCUCAUGGACCGCCCUGGCGUCCAUGUCCCUGCGCAACGAGCCCCGCAGGCCCGACAACAACGCCACCCUCCAGGAGACGUACAACUGGCAGUACUGGUACGAGUACGUCAAGGAGGGCGCCGCCGCAGUCAGCACCGCCAACCCGGACACGCUCGUCGUCCUGUCGGGCCUCGACUUCGACACCUUCCUGACGCCCGUGGUGCGCGGGACCGCCCUGACCCCGGGCAGCGGGACCUUCUCGCGCGCCGACUUCGCCGCCGACAAGGUCGUCCUCGAGCUGCACAACUACGCCAACAGCGUCGCCGACUGCGCCUCGCUCGAGUCCAGCCUCUACAACAACGGCUUCCAGGCCCUCAACACCUCCGACGCCGCCGCCGUCAACCACUUCCCCGUGCUCCUCACCGAGUGGGGCUUCGCCAUGGACGGCUCCACGUACACCAAGCCCUACACGCAGUGCCUGGCCGAGUACCUGCCCGCGCAGAAGGCCGGCUGGAUGAUCUGGGUCGUGGCUGGCAGUUAUUACAUCCGUAGCGGGACCCAGGACUAUGAGGAGACUUGGGGUCUUCUCUCGCAUGACUGGAGUGAAUGGCGCGAUCCUGCGUUUGUGAACAGCACCUUGGCUCCGAUGGUGGAUGCGACUAUCUCUUGA